GGUUCAUCCGGCUCAAAUUCCAGCCAAUGAGAACGAAGCCCAGCAGAUUUGGAUCCUGAGCGGAAACACUUUUGUUUGAGCUCUCGUCUGAAGCAUCGCAGCAAACCUGGACUAUUUACAACAGUAAAAGAAACUUUAUGCGGUGUUUAUCGUUCCUAAACUGCAGUCCGACGAGCAGGAAGUACACACGCGGAUCAAGGUGCAGCCGCUGCAGACUUUGUGUUUCGGAGGAUAAAGGAGCCAGUCAUGCCCAUACUGAGGGGGAAGAAGCCCACAGUCACUGCUGGGAGCAAGAUACCCAAGCUGAAUGCAACAACCAGUGAGAACCAGGAGGAAGGCCCGCAGGUGAAGAGGUCCUCCUCCCCGCCCCAUGGAGCCCCGAAGAAGAGGACUGCGUUCAUCGACAUCACUAAUGCUCACUAAGGUUCACAUCAGCCUUCCUGGGAGGAAGAAGAAUGCGGGGAAGAAGCAGGUGAAGAAAACAAGCGCCACCUCAGUGUCUGCUGAGAAUCAUGCCAACCUGGAAAAGUCUUCCUCUGCGAGCUCAGAGGGGACGCCUGCUGAGAAAGAGAAGCCCGAGGCAGAGGAGGAGGUGCAGGAGGAUGUAGCAGCUCCAGUCGAAGAGCUGGUGGCUGCUGCGCCCCCUGCUGCCCGGGAAGUGCCUGCACACCUUCAGAAACAACAAAUCCCCGUGGAGUUUGACAUCGACUCUGAGAACUCUGAGGACUGUUACAUGUGUGCGGAGUACGCGAAGGACAUCUUUGACUACCUCAAACGGAGAGAGGAGAAGUUUGUCCUCUGCAACUACAUGCCCAAACAGCCCAGCCUCAACCCCGAGAUGAGGGCAAUCCUGAUCGACUGGCUGGUGGAAGUACAGGAGAACUUUGAGCUGUACCACGAGACCCUGUACCUGGCCGUGAAGAUGGCCGACCACUACCUGUCCAAGACUCCGGUCCACAGGGAGCUGCUGCAGCUCGUCGGCUCCACCUCCAUGCUCAUCGCCUCCAAAUUUGAGGAGCGCAGUCCGCCGUGUGUCGACGACUUUCUUUACAUUUGCGACGAUGCGUACAAGAGGGAGGAGCUCAUCUCCAUGGAGGCCAACAUCCUGCAGGCGCUGUCCUUCGACAUAAGCAUCCCCAUCCCCUAUCGGUUCCUCAGACGCUAUGCAAAGUGUGUGAGCGCGGGCAUGGACACGCUGACGCUGGCCCGGUACUUCUGCGAGAUGAGUCUCAUGGAGAUGGAGCUGGUGACGGAGAGGGGCUCGCUGCUCGCCUCAGCCUGCCUGCUGAUGGCGCUGGUCACCAAAGACCUGGGAGGAUGGUGUCCCGUCCUGCAGUUCCACUCCGGCUAUCAGACGUCAGAUUUGGCGCCUGUUGUCAGGAAGCUGUACGAGAUGCUUUUAGCUCCCCCGGACGACAAACUGAGAGCCAUCAGGAACAAAUACUCCCACAAGGUGUUUUUUGAAGUUGCAUCCUUGCCAUUGGUCAACGCCGACAUGUUGGACAAAGCUUUAUCUCAGUGAGACGUCCUCCCCCCCCCCCCCCCCACAAAGAUGCCAGUCUCACAUGAGUGAAAAUAUUUAAAAGAAAUUCCCUUAAAUCUGUAUAUAAUUUGUUAAUAUGUUAAAUAUUUAUACAUGUAGUGUAGACUGUCUUUUAUAUAUUAUUGGAAAUAAAUGUGAUUCCAGUAUGUGAUGGAAAUAGUUAUUUGGGCAUUUUGUUAUUGAGCGUUGUGCCGGUGUUGUGCGUUUAUGCUUGUUAAUAAUGGCAUUUUUAGUGUUGCGUUUGAGUAUACAGUUUUUUGGCAUUCAUUUUAUAACUUUUUAUAGGAAGCUAAAACAAAAACGUGUGUGUGUGUGUGUGUGUGUGUCUGUGUGUGUGUGUGUCUGUGUCUGUGUGUCUGUGUGUGUAAGUUUUAAGAUACUGGUGAGGAGGAGAAGUUAGUGAAUGCUUACUUUAGCUGAUAAAUUAUGCACCGUCCCACAUGUUUUUUAUAAGUUUUCAUACAUUGUUGACGUUGGCAGGUUUGUGUGUACAGAGUUUAUCAUGUUAAUUUCACGAUGCUGAUUAUUUGUAUAAAAGACGACCGGAUGACGCUGUGCUAUUUUUAAAUGGCUGUCAUGCGCACUCUUAAAAUAAAGACAUGUUUUUUUAUGUGUUUGAU